CGACAGACUCGCUACAAUACCACACUGCCUCGAUCCUCUUGGCUGCUCAUUUUGCACCACCCACAGCACGUGUUGGUCGAAACGAUCUAGACCCUCUGGCGCAAAUCAAUUGCGCCUAACUAGACUUGACACCUCUCGAGUCCCUAGUGGUCUUGUUUGAUUCCAGAAUCACGACACGUGGUUUGCAGCACACGAACUCUGCACUGCUUGCAGUACCUGCCAGCGAAUACCUGUAGUCUACGCAAUCACAACAUUUGCUAAGCCAUCUUCACAUACGGCUUUCCCAUUCGAACUACUGCAACGGAACACCUCGAACCGCAACCAACGGUACACCUAGGGAUAUAUAACAUCGGAUGAGCUUUAGGGGAGGUGGAGAAGGUGGAGCUGUCGACCAUAGGGAGGGGAACGAGCUGGUAGGGGAGCAACAACGGAAAGAGGGCUCUCUGCAGUGAACACCCCCACCAAGGGAUGAGAGCCUGGAGGGAAUGGAUCCGGAAAGUGUAGCGUUCCAGCCUCGCGACGACUUCUGGCGGUUUCAAAGCGAGAUGUUGCGAGUGCAACAAACUCAAGCUGAGUUGUCAGAUCGCGUCACCCGCUUGGAACGAAAACAAGAUGAUGAUUCCCGCCUAAAGAACGUCUGGGGAACAUCUUCGCCAUUUCCCUCCGUACUGGGUGGUACUCCGCAGCAAGUUCCUCUACAACAGCCCACGGCUGAACACUUUUCCAAUUUCGAUGACGACCAGUCCAGUAACCUCAUCGGUAACCUUCAACUUGACGCCGACGAUGAGCCUCGACGAGUAGGAACGACGUCACGCGCCAACAGCGUUCGCUUUGACGAAACGGCGAAUCACGGACACUGGGCGCACACCUCACGAACAUCACUGGAGCUCUUACCCCGCUCUAGUAGUAGUCUCGGCGGACACGCUUUAAGUGAACGCAGCUACUCUCACAAGUCAGACGGAAGACAGAGUUCAGCUGGUCAGUCUGUUCACUCGGUCACAUCAGGACGGGCCAACAGCCUCACAAGCUAUGGUCCCACAACACUAGUAGAAGUUCCAGGGCUGGCACCUGGUCUGUUCAUACUCGGCUCCGUUCCUUCCAUUAUACGUUGCUGGCUCAACACUAAUUUCAAGCAUGAUACCCUACUGUAUGCGGCUAUUUGUACCGGCUCGCAUACAUCCUUCCUAGAUUUGCAUCUCAUCGAUCACCUGGGAUUUCAGGACCAAAUCACUCAGAACGAUGAUGGCACCAGGAAGAUCAAGUUGACCGUCUAUCUACCGGAAGCUGUGCCCGUCUCGGCGUCCGCUCAGUCUGACAGUCCCGCUCCUCAGCUUCCCUCAGUCACCGUUGACUUCACUAUAGUGGAUGAGUACGACAAGUCCAGGCCCAAGGCUAUUCAGGUUGUCAUUGGUAGCGACCUGCUUCGAGCUCACAAUGCCGACGUGCUCUUCUCUACCAAUCAAUUGAUGAUAUACGACGACGAUCGCUGCAAGCUCCAGAUUCCGCUCGUGCGACCGGAAGAUGAGAACGCUUUCAAGUCUCUGUCUACUUCGCAUGGAAGUCGCUACACCAUCAAGCCAGGUUCGACAUCAAAGAGCGCAGUGGUCGGUCCGCCAACACCAGUCGAACCGAGAGUGAAAUUCAUUGACUCAGCUCAGCCUGAAAGCACAGCUGUACACAAGCUUCAUGACACCGGAACAGUCCUCAGUUCCGAUGAUGGCGAUUCGAGCGGCCGUAGGAGCCUCGAGCAGCGCCCGCACCCCAUAUCGACCACGUUCAAUCGGUCUGGGUCCAAAGACAUGCAGCCGUCGAGUCCCACCGCUGUGACCCGGCCACUACCUGCCACGCUUAGCAGUUGGCGACGUGAUACGAACGAGAAAGCCAGCAGCGGCUCGCUGGAUUGGGCAAACGUGGGUAAAACUACUGCAUCUCCAUCCAGUCAGCAGCGGCGCGAGAUCAAGGUGCUGAGACCCUCAAGGUCGUCUUCACGUACGUUCUCCUCCUCAACUACCGCAGCCGGGACCGGACAGUCGCGCUUCUUUGAUGACGGAAAGAGGAAGGAUGACGCCGAAGCAACGCGCGCACCUGCACCCUCCUUUAGCCGCACAGUGUUUGGCGAGAAAGAGGAGAAUCGACCAGCCGUGACAAAACAGCGGUCUGCCAAUCCAGUGGGCGGUGCAUCUGCUUUCGCAUGGCUCAAGAGCGGAUCGAAAUGAAAGUCGAGCUGUGUCGCCGGCAUUCUCUCGUGUUGGUCCACGCAGG